AAAAUCUCACUUGCAGACUCUCACACUCACCUUCAUUCUCCACCUUAAUGUUGCUAUAAUCUUUUUGAGUCGUCUUGACACUCGCACAAAAACUCUGAUAUCAGGUUCAUUUUCUCCCAUGCUGUGCUUAUACAGCAUAAACCUCAACUUUAUCUUUCGUUUGUCUUAACCAUCUCCUAUCGAUGCCUCCUCCCAAAUAUCAAAACCCAAUGUCACAUAUUUGGCAAUAACGCAUGUCGUAGGUAUCAUUCGGCUCUGUCUCUGUUCAUCCCCUGUUUUGGCCUUCUCUCUGACAUGUGCCUGCAAAAGCUCUGAGUCUGACGACGUUCAAAUUGUUCCAACGAAGCUUCCACCAAUCAUUUGGGGUAUUAAGUCAAUCGCUGCAUACAAGUCAGGUCUGGCUAGGGCUGGGGUGUUUCAUGGACAAGGUCAACAUGAGAGAGUGGGAGAGCAAACUUAUCAAUGAACUGGUACAAGGUAGGGAGCUGGCAAGGCGACUCCAGAUGUGCCUUCAUGCGCCGUCUUCGCCCCAAGAAACCCAAGAGUUCUUGAUCCAGAGAAUCAUAGCUGCAUUUGAAAAGGCACUUGCAACGCUAAACUGGAACGGUGGGUCGUCGGUGGGAGAGGCAUCACACGCCGUACAGGUUGGAAUCCGAACUUGUGAGUCACCACCUUUGAGUGGAAGUCCUCGCAGCGAAGACUCUGAAAGGGAUUUCCAAGAUCAAAAUGCCUCCAAAAAGAGAAGAAGCAUGCCGAGGUGGACAAAACAGAUCACAGUUAGCCCAGGGAUGGGAGUGGAAGGGACUCUUGAUGAUGGAUAUAGUUGGAGAAAAUAUGGCCAGAAAGAGAUUCUGGGAGCCAAGUUUCCUAGAGGCUAUUACAGAUGCACCCAUAGAAAUGUUCAAGGAUGCUUGGCCACGAAGCAAGUGCAAAGAUCGGACGAAAACCCCAACGUAUUCGAAAUCACUUACAGAGGAAAGCACACCUGUGCACAGUCGUCCAAUGUGGUCCCUCCAUCUGGCACUCAAGAAAGCCUUGAACUGAAUCCCAGCGCCGCAGAUCCUCAGCAACAAUCACAAGAACAGCUACUUCUGAACCUUCGAGCUGGGCUGAGGGUCCAAACCGAGAAUCUAGAUGUCCCCGAUCCGGAGCAAUCAUCAUUCACUUCCCUUAUUUUUCCUUCAGCCUCCUCCAUCAUGAAUAACGAAAACCAGAUGUUUACAAGCUCCAUGCUCGAAAACAAUUUUGCCGAGAACGUUACUCCUGAUCCUUCCUAUAUGUCCCCAGCCACAUCAGGAAUAACAUACUACUCAGUGUCCCCAAGUGGAGUCAAUAACGUGUUGGCUGAGAUGCCAAGCAUGGCAACUUCUGGGUCUGAGAUCAACGACAUAAUCUCGGCCGUUACUUCGGCCGCAAACUCUCCCAUAGUUGGUUUAGACCUUCCAUUUGACCAGUCCGGAUAUGACGGACUCAACUUCACCUUUGAUAACCAGCGAUUCUUCUAAUUUCAUUUUCCUAUCCAGAAUAACCAAUUCGUAGCAGAAAAAUGUAGAAUAAGCACAUGUUAGAAGGCAGCAGGCGUUGUAUUUGGUUCUAGAAGGAAGAGAACAAUAAUAUUUCUCUACAUAUACAUAUUCCUAACUUCUUGUGCCACGAAAAUGGGCCAGUCAAAAUCAUGUUUAGCUUUCCUAUAGCCGUUUGAUUGAAUCAUUUAGUUCAAUGGAGAGCUUUUUCUUGUUCGUCGCCUUGUCGAUCAGUAGCUAACGCAUAACGGUUAUACAAUUGGCUUUCAUAUAUGUUUCUACGAGGAAGAGUGAGCCCGCGAUGCAUUAACUAUGUUUCCAAGUUCCAACAAUGGAUCAUAUCUAUGACAAAGAAUAUUCAAUUUUAGUUUUGGACCAGACAGCUUUAACGAUGUAGAUCGUUCUUUCCGGAAGUUGCUGCAUUCGGAGAGAAUUGAACGUACUUAUGGAACUGCAUUUUAAUCGGAGUUCGUCCUGGAAAGAAUGAGAGGUGGCCCAUAUCGACCCAUUAAGCAAUAAGUGUUAGAAAAGCUAAUAAAGCAGGAGGCCCACUUUUGACAUGGUCCAAGAUUUUACACGUCUCUGACCCAAAAUACUCUUCAACAAUGUGGGCUAACAUCAAGUCUCAAUAGUCCAGACUCUUCCUCAUCGUGUAACUGGGUUCAGAUCCUCCUACCAAAUUCAUAUUUAUUAUCCAACCCCAAGAAAGUGACAAAUUUUGUAGAUUUUAAUUUGAUGAAUAAUGGUCAGAUUAGUCUGGACAGGUGAUGGUAAUAUCCCUAGAUCUUCCAGAAUAUUAGACUCCGGACAAUGAAAUAAAAAAAAAAUAAUUUGGUGGAUAGUUUUGUGUUGAUGGAGGAAGCUACUUUAUGAGCAACAUUAAAGUUUCAAGAAAUUCUCCCAUUGUAAAUUGAAGCGAAACUUUUUCUGGACAUGACUAUUAUUAUUCCCCGUUCACUUCAAACUGCUGAGGACUCGUGUCUCUUUUAUUUCACAAACCCUGUGAUGUGGUGGAAAUAGCUUCGCUGAGGCGGUGAAAUUAUUUAAUUUGCUGA